ACCAACAAGAAAGCAUGUGAACCCAUCACUUUCAUCCCUGAACUGUAACGGCUCGGUUUAGAGAUAUGAUCACUCUUCCAGACUAGAUUCAUAAUGAACUCUCCCGUCCGACGCAUCGUCCAAACACCCCGUGCUACAAUCAAACUCCUCGCCCGCCAAAUCGAUAUCAAGACUAGCCAGCCAUUGCGCAACAUAGCUGAACGGAGAUGUCUGCUAGAUGCUUUGCAGAAGUUUGGGGAGGUUGCUACUUUCUUACCUAGUAAAGAAGGUGACAAAUCCAAUAUCUUGGCCAUCUAUGAAACGUCCGAAGCAGCUUCCAAAGCUGUCGAUGCAUCUCCGUUGACGAUAUCGUUUCCUACAUCUCCCAUACCUCCUCGCGCUGACUAUGGCCCGGCUCAUGAGCAUCCCGUUAACGUCAACGUCACCUGCGACAUCCACACAAGUAUAGGAACUCAAUCCGAACAUGAAGAACGAAUUGGAGGAAAUCCCUGGAAUAAUGAUCACAUGGGCUAUUCAUACGACAAGAAUCAUUCCGCGAUCAAGAAUGAUGCGCGGAUAGAUGAUGUGAUUGCCGCGGGGGCUCCGAGAAGGGUAUUUGCGGAUGGAGUGAUUGAUACGUCGUAUUUACGGGGUGGACAGGAUAUAGAGCAGCAGCAGAAGAAGAAGAAGAAGGCAGUGGAACUCAAGGGAAGCUUAUUGGCGUUGUUGGAUGAGUAGAUUUCCUGCUCUGAAGUGGUGAACAUUAUGAUACCCAACCAGUCU